AUAACAUUCUUAUAGUAAACGCUUCCCUUAACAAGACGGUAAUCCAGGAAUGGGUAUUUUUGGAAUACAUUAACAAGCAACAGAAAAUCUGGGACAUAAACAUUGCUGAUAUCGCGUUUCCGAGCGGACCGAAUCUUGAAAGACAUCAUGCAGACCACUCACCUUCAAGAAAGCGGCAGGAGAACUUCUACCAAUCUCCCGCGCUUAUCAAUCACCGCGUGCUUGAGAUGUCGCGAUCAGAAGCUCAAAUGUGGCCGUGAGCAUCCUAUCUGCACUCGUUGCGAUCGACUCAACGCGACCUGUGUGUAUCCCGAUCCUCCUAAUCGGAGGGGCCCACGAGGCAAACGAAGACAGAGGUUACUACCGCAGACGGCCGAACGCUGUCAAGAUGGUUCCCAACCUGGGCGCAUCGCCAUUCAACAAACUCGCAACAACCCGGCACCACAAGAGCUAUCACCCACCGUGGAACAAACUCCCAGCUCACAGCACGUUCUUCAGACUACUACUGCGAAUCCACCAGGUCCUUCUUGCCAUUCUAGAAGAAGCAUAGGUACUCCAAGUCAGACGGAGAUAGACAAAGAGGCUCCUGACUUAUCCACGGAGCUCUUUACCCCAUAUGAUUCAUAUGCAACUCAGCUGUGUGGAAUGGGAAUAGUGGCGAUAGAUUCAGCCGCCGAUUCAGCGCAGGACCCCUUGCCCCCGACUGCUCUUGGGCUUUCUCUAUUAGAAGUAUACUUUACGCGCGUUUACAAUGCACCCGUGUUAUUUUAUAAACCCCUCCUCUUCCAGCAAUACCUCGAAGGAAAAAUACACGGCGCUCUUCUUAAAGCACUCUUCGCGUUGGCAACUCUAUUCCUUCAUCCCAUAGAUGAUGAGAAUGAACAAGACACCAAUACGGAGCUGAAAAUUCUCCGCAUAUAUCGCUCAUGUGGGCUCUCAUGGGCAAAAUCUGCCUUGGAAGAAGUCAUGUCGUUAACUAUGCACUCCCCGUCUCUCAUGGCAGUACAAGCCUUGGAAUGUAUACAGCUGUUUUGGUUUGGAAUAGGUCAGCCCCACCCUGGAAACCUAUGCCUUGCUCUUGCAUACCGGUCAUGCAAAAUACUUGGAUAUGACAGAAGACCUGCGGAUGAGAAUGAUUCUUGUACUUCAAUUGAGGCCGAGCUUGGUCGCCGAUGCUUCUGGGCUUGCUGGAUAUCCACAUGCAUUGUCAUGCAACCAGAGCCAUACAUUGAAUCAGCUUGGAAAGAGGCUGCUAUGCUACCACUGCCAUGUUUAGUCUCUGGAUCGUUCAAUCAGAUGAUGGACAAAGAUUGGAACUCGCUUCCUGUGCGAAAUUCAUCCGAAAACUUGUACCCUCCUACAACUCCAGGGUUACUGAUCAAGAUCAUUGGUAUUUGGGCGAAAGUGCAGUUGCAUUGCAAGGCCUAUGCUAAUAGAGCUCAUGAUGGUCUCAACUCGUUACGUCAAUUAUCGCAGCUAGCAACGUCGCUAUUCGAUGAGGCUGCCGAGAUGAGAACUUCUGCCAAUCAAGUCGAUCAGACGACCGAAAACCAAAUGAUGCUUUUCUUGCAUGAUUCGGUGUACCACCAAAGUCAGAUCACCUUACACUCUAUGAUUGUUCCCUUAUUCUCCGGUAUUCCAGCUGACGAGAAAAUCGACCCUGAAACUCGGAGACGCGCUGCACAGACUGUGAUUUAUCAUGCAGACCAGUUUAAGUGCCUGCUGGAUCCCUACCUGUAUGAUCAACAAGAUGUUUCGCGCAUGCCUCCCCUUGUUGGCUACGGAGCCUUUGUAGUAGGUAUUAUAUUCCUGUCCACAGAGCUUUGCUGUCACACCCAACCAGUCAUCGAGCUGCCCUUCAACACCAGCACAAAGGACAGUCGACUCGUCACUGUACAAGCUAUCUUACGCUUGUUAGAUACCAUUAAAGCUUACUGGGAAGCUUUGAAGUAUCCUGCUGAGGUACUGCGAUCUGCUUUGGAGGCGGCUCAUUCGGCACUCAGCAAGCCACCCAGGCUGAUCGACUCAGGCAACCAUGAACUACUGCGGUAUCCAAAUGAUAACCACCAGUCAUCGCCAAUAGAAAUAUUAAAUACAACAAUGGAUUUGGCCAACGGGCAUGUCCACUCACCAAUACCGGAUACCAACGCGAAUGACUAUGCCGAAAACACAAGGCCCUCGAAUAUAAGCCAUGAAAGCAAUGAAUUAGAUGCCUUGCCGGGCGACUUUUCAACAAGCCAGAUGGAUGAAGUUCUGGACUUUGAAUGGUACGACGUGUCCUUCGCGGGAGUUGGAGUUGAGGGAUUUGAGGGACUUGAUGCGUCUGAUCUUUUUAGACAAGGCUGGAAGACCUUUAGCUAGUUAUCAAGUGCCUCAGCUAUUAUCUUAUGCAACAUCUAGAUCAUCUGUACUA